CUCCAGAAUCUUUUUUCUUUUUUUUCUCCCAUUCAGGUCCUCAUCUGCUUCUCUCUCACUCUCUGUUGUUAUUUCUCACAGGGAAGAAAACAAGAGUGAAUCAGAAAAAAAAAACCUAAUGAACCCCACAAUAACUCUUACUUCAAGUUAGCCCCCACCUUAUUUUCUGUUCUUAUACUAUUAUAAAGAUUUAAUUUUUUAAAGAAUUUUUACUUUUCUUUCUCUUUAUUUUUGAGUUUGGAAGAAGAGAAGAGAAGAGAUGGAGAUGGGGUUGAGAAGUUAGAAAACAAAUCAUCAGACAGAAGAAAGGGGAAAAAAAAUAAAAGGCAGAUAAAGAUACAUCAGUUUUCUUGAACCCACCAACAAAAUUCUUGAUUACCCCACCCACCCCCACAUUCCAACCCAGGUCCAGGCCACCACACACACUCUCUUUCUCUCUCUCUCUUCCCUAAAAAAACCCAAAAUUAUGGAACUCACUGAUUUACAAAACAACAAUACUAAUAGCAAUAGUAAACAACAAACUACCACCAAUAACACCACACCUUCUCCACCUCUACACCACCAGAACCAGCACCAGCAUCAGUACCAGCUACUCUCUCAGCACCAUCACCACCAGCAGCAGCUUCAACAACAACAUGGGAGAUCAUCUGUACCUUUUAUGACCUCUAUUUCUAUACAGCCCACUGCACAAGCUCCAAUUACUAAUUCUGCUACUAAUGCUUCUCCUUCUACUUCAUCUCCUACUCCACCGCAGCCACCUCAUCUAGUGGACGCUUCUCUUGCAAUUGCCACUAGAUCGGACACCUUAGUUGACCCAAAUAAGAAAUCUCAGCUGGCAAUACAACAAACACAACAUGUGCAGCCGCAGCAGCCACCACCGAAGCGACAAACAAAAGAUCGGCACACCAAAGUUGACGGGAGAGGGCGGCGCAUCCGAAUGCCAGCCGCAUGUGCAGCUAGGGUUUUUCAAUUGACCAGAGAAUUAGGCCAUAAGUCCGACGGAGAAACAAUCGAAUGGCUAUUACAGCAAGCCGAGCCAGCCAUCAUAGCUGCCACUGGCACCGGCACAAUCCCAGCCAACUUUUCAACUCUAAACAUAUCCCUCCGUAGCAGCGGCUCUACUCUCUCAGCUCCUCCUUCUAAGUCAGCUCCUCAUUCUUUUCACAGCGCUUUAGCUUUAGCCGCUGCGCAUCAAACCCCUCAUCCUUUUGAAGAAGGAUUCUCGCAAAUGCUAGGGUUUCAUCAUAAUACUCAUCUCCUGACGCAAAAUCCAAUCGCGGAAUCAAUACCUGGAGGCGGCGGUAGCAGCGGAGAUGGUGGAGGUGUAGGUGGACAAGAGGGAGCGGAUAAUUACCUACGGAAAAGAUACCGAGAGGAUUUGUUCAAAGAGGAAGGUUCAAGUAAUCAACCAGGAGAAGCUUCUGGAGGAUCUACUUCACCUUCGAAUAAGCAAUUCAAAGGAAAUUCACCUCAAUUGCCUAAUAAGCCUAAUUCCCAAGAAGGUGUAGCUGGACCCUCCUCUAAUAUGCUUCGGCAUACUAACAUGAUACCAGCUACUGGGUUAUGGGCGGUGGCACCACCGCCCACAAGUGGAACUACCGGCGGCAGCCCGUUCUGGAUGCUUCCGGUCACGAGCGGACAAACCUUAUCCGCUCCCAUGGCAAGUACAUCAGGAACUACAACACUGGAGUCUCAAAUGUGGCCGUUCCCUAUGGGUAGCUCAAACACUAUUCAAGCACCAUUACAUUUCAUGCCUCGGUUUAACAUCCCACCAAAUCUAGAAUUUCAAAGUGGAAGAGGAAACCCAUUGCAACUAGGCUCAAUGCUAAUGCAGCAACAACAACCAUCUCAACAUCUUGGGCUGGGAAUGGCCGAAACUAAUUUAGGCAUGUUAGCCGCUCUUAAUGCAUAUUCAAGAGGUGGUUUGAAUAUGAAUUCGGAUCAUCAACAAACCCACUCAUUGGAUCAUCACCAGCAACAACAACAACAUCAACCUCAACCUACAGAUAGCGACGAAGAUGAUCCAAACAAUUCUCAGUAAAAUCUAUAAGAUUGGUUUUAAAAUUUCUAAAGUGUGAUGGAGUGAAAGAUUCAGUUCAUGGAAGACAGACAGAGAGGUAUAUGUUAGUUGUCAUUUGGUUUUGUCUGUCAUUAUUUACCUUUUAUUUUUUGUUUGUUUUGGAGAACCUUUUGCUAGAGAGUUGUGAAGGAUUUGAAUUGUAUUUUGUUAGGAGUGGAGAGAGAGAAAGACAUUUGUAUAGGAGGAUUAUAUAUUUGUGUUUAGUAUUUUUCAAAAAAAAAAAAAAAGCUCAGCUUGCUC